AUGACGCUGCCAAUAGACCAAGCAGAAGAGCUGCGUCUCUACCAGCAGACGCUCCUCCAGGACGGGCUCAAAGACAUGCUGGACCACAACAAGUUCCUGGAUUGUGUCUUGAAAGUCAAGGGGAAGGAAUUCCCCUGCCACCGGCUGGUGCUGGCAGCCUGCAGCCCCUAUUUCCGGGCGAUGUUCCUUUCAGACAUGGAGGAGAGUAAGAAGAGGGAGAUCGACCUGGAGGACGUGGACCCCGAAGUCAUGCGCAAGAUCCUCCAUUACAUCUACACCUCCGAGCUGGAGCUCACCGAGCAGAACGUGCAGGACAUUUUCUCUGUGGCCAACAUGUUCCAGAUCCCCUCCAUCUUCACCGUCUGUGUCUCCUUCCUGCAGAAGCGUCUCUGCCUCAGCAACUGCUUGGCUAUCUUCAGGCUGGGCUUGAUGCUGGACUGCGCCCGCCUGGCAGUGGCCGCCCGGGAUUUCAUCUGCGACCGCUUUGCCCUGGUCUCCCGGGAUGAGGAGUUCUACCAGCUCUCCCCUGAUGAGCUCAUAGCUGUCAUAUCUACCGACUCCCUCAACAUUGAGAAGGAGGAGACGGUCUUCGAGGUGGUGAUGAAGUGGGCAGAAGCCAAGGACCGCGAGAGCCGGAUCCAGGCCUUGCCGGUCGUCUUCGAGAGCAUCCGUUUCCGCCUCAUGCCCAAGGAUUACAUCAGGGACCAUGUGGAGAAGCACCCCAUUGUGAAGUCCAGCCCGGAGCUGCUCAAGAAACUCCAGGUGGUGAAGGACGCCAGCGAAGGCAAAUUCAUGGUGGUGAAAAAGAAGAAGGUGAAGAAAAGCAGUGAGACGACAGCUGGGGACAACGCCGUCAAUGGAGAAGUGGCCGAGGGGGAUGAUAACGAGGAGGACAUCCUCCCGGGGAUCUUAAAUGACACAAUGCGCUUUGGGAUGUUCCUCCAGGACCUAAUUUUCAUGGUGAGCAGUGCCGGGGCGGUGGCCUAUGACCCCAGCGCUAACGAGUGCUAUUUUGCCUCCAUCUCGGCUCAGAUCCCAAAGAAUCAUGUCAGUCUGGUAACCAAAGAGAACCAGAUCUUCAUAGCAGGUGGACUGUACUACAACGAGGACAACAAAGAGGACCCCAUGAGCUCCUACUUCUUACAGUAUGAUCACCUGGACUCUGACUGGCUGGGCAUGCCCCCUCUGCCUUCCCCCCGCUGCCUCUUUGGCCUGGGAGAUGCAGAAAACUCCAUUUUCGUGGUAGGAGGGAAAGAACUGAAAGAAGGAGAACAGACCUUGGACUCCGUCAUGUGCUACGACCGACUGUCAUUUAAAUGGGGCGAGUCAGAUCCGCUCCCCUAUGCGGUCUAUGGCCAUGCUGUGGUAUCAGACAAGGAUCUAAUCUACGUCAUAGGAGGCAAAAGAAGUGACAAGAAGUGCCUGAACAAGAUGUGCGUCUACAACCCGAAGAAGUUUGAGUGGAAGGAUCUGGCUCCCAUGAAAACCGCCCGUUCUCUGUUCGGAGCAACCGUACACAAUGGCAAGAUCUAUGUGGCAACUGGCGUGACGGACUCUGGCUUGACUGACUCGGUGGAAGCGUAUGACAUUGCAGCUAACAAGUGGGAGCCCUUCACUGAAUUCCCCCAGGAGCGCAGCUCGGUCAGCCUGGUGAGUCUGGCUGGCAGUCUGUAUUUACUUGGUGGAUUUGCCACAGUGGAGACGGAGUCAGGAGAACUGGUGCCAACCGAGCUCAAUGACGUUUGGAGGUAUGAUGAAGAAGGGAAGAAGUGGGAAGGUGUCCUCAGAGAGAUCCAGUAUGCCUCAGGCGCCACCUUCGUUCCUGUGCGCAUGAAUGUUUUACGGUUAACAAAAAUGUAA